AUGGCGACAACACAAGACACGUACUAGAUCUGCUGUCUUGUCUUCAACUAAAACAUUUAAUUUAGGAUAACUGCAGGAAAUUUUACAGCUAGAUUCUAGAUCUAGAUCUAAAAUCCUUCUACAAACUGCUACGCUGCUCAUGAAACCGAAAUAACUGAACGGGAAAUCCCGGUAUUAUCUAAAGAGUUGACGUCACGCUCCAAGGGACAGAACAGUCGCUUUCACAUUCGCCUGACCCAAACACUUUAAGUUUACAUUGAGACAUUUGAUCAGAUAUUCUAAAACUAAAAACAUCAUUUUAAUUACAUCAUUUUCAGCGUCACAGUUUACAUUGAGAUACUCUAUCAAAUAUUCUAUGAGAUGGCCGUAUCGAUUCCUAUAAAGGAGCAAUUAGCUCAACUGUUGAACAAUUUGGAAGAGAUGAAAAGUUUGUUAAAAAAUAAUUUAAGUGACUUUGAUCAGCAGGUAAAACAAGCAAUACUGGAAUGGUUUGACAAUCACUCAGAUGCAAAAAUAAAUUUUAAAGAAGUUGUUUCUAUGGUAACAACAUUAAAUACUGCCCUACUUGAUCUUAAACAAAUGACUUCUGUUUCCUGCACCAAGUAUCAAGCAAUGGCUGCUGGAGAUAAGACAACACAAGAGAAUAAAAGUGUUGACUCUGUACACGAUGUAAAUUAUUCUGAUCUUUCUAUGUCAGUUGCAGCUGAUUUAAGUAACACAUUAGAGCAAAGAGUAGAACGUCUUGAAACAAAGCUAACUUCUAUGCAAAGUUGGAAUAAGAAAACUGAAGCUGACGUGACCGAAAUUAAGCAAUAGAGGGAUACUUAUAAAUCAGAAGAAAGUAAUAUGAAGGAACACAUAGAACAAUUGGCUAUAAAACAAAAACAUAAUUCUAAGCAAUUCCGAAAGCAAAUUAACGAACAGAAACAUAUGACGGAUGAGAUGAAUGAAGAACUGAAACAAUUGAAUGAAUUAAAACAAUGGAGGAAAACACUUAUAUCAGAACAUAACAUUAUGGCGAAAAAACUUGAAGAAUUGUCUCAGAAAGAAAUA